GCGGGACUUCCUGUCCAGUGAACCCACCUGUAGAUGGGGCUCAAGGUGCAAAAGUUUAACUUUGUAGAGAAAAAUCUGAGAGACACGCUUGAAAUGGCAGCAACUCCUCGGAAAAUCAUUUACACACCGAAAGCCCCGGUGAGACAGGGCAUUUAUAGCCAGGCAGUGGUGGUGGACAGAACUAUGUACAUCUCUGGUCAGAUUGGGAUGGACGUGGCCUCUGGUCAGCUGGUGGACGGAGGAGUUCAGGCUCAGACUAAACAGGCUCUGAGCAACAUGGGGGAGAUCCUUAAAGGCGCAGGGUGUGACUACAGUAACGUGGUGAAGACCACCGUGCUGCUGAAGGAUAUUAACGACUUCAACUCUGUCAACGAUGUCUACAAGACAUUUUUUAGCACCAAGUUCCCUGCCAGGGCUGCCUACCAGGUUGCUGCUCUGCCCAGAGACGCGCUGGUGGAAAUCGAGGCCGUCGCCGUCCUUGGCCCUCUUUCCGACUCCUGACUGGCCGAGCACGUCCCAAACAAGUUGUAGCGAAACGACAAGGUGACCCUGCUUCAUGUUUACCUGUGGAGGUGUCGUCAUGUCUCCCGACGUUUAAAGCAGCGCUUCAAUGGGUUGUGGUUGCUGCUGCUCAGUAUGCUGAAAAGCUUAAAUCAUGCAAAGUGUAACCAUGGCAUAAAUCUGUCGGUGUGAUAUAUUCCAGUCCCACAAGUGUUGAUUGAUUAAAGCAGUUUCUGGAUUGGC